CGGCGCGACGUCUCCAACUUUCAGUUGCUUUCGAGCUGCACAAGGCGACGGUUUAAGAUUUGGCCGCUUACCGGGUGAAAAAAGAGCGAACGAACAGCUGGCCCAAGACUAUCUCUAGAGAGAGAGAGAGAGGGAGAGAGAGCGAGCGAAAAGUGAAAGACCGAGAAACCAGCGAAGUAUUCUUCGUGCGCGAUCGCCGACUUCGAAUAGCUUCAGUUGCCCUGCAGAAUUCCCUGCGAUCGGUUCAUGCAGCGGAUUAUCGCGUCGCGACUUACGGUAUCAAUAUUUGAAUAUAUUUUUUUUAAGUUCGGUGCUCUCGUGCAGUGUGAUCAAAUACUUUUUUUUUUUGGUUUAUUGAGUAUCGAACCCACACUUCCUGGCAUGUCGAGGCUGCAAUUGAAACAAUCCGAAACUCGUGCCAAGUGCUAAAAUAACACGGAAGUGGACAAGUGUCGCCAAGCGAAUUGCUAAUUCCAGCGAAAAAGUACCAAAAACCCAAACAAAUAUUAACAAAAAAAUACAUUUCAACAAAAUUUAUAACGGACGGACAGGAGGCGUGAGCGAGACAGCAACAAUGCACCGCACGCAGCCGUCGCUGCCGCUGCCUCUGCCGCUGCUGGCGUUGGCGUUGGCUUCGGCGCUGGCUUUUGCGCAGGCGCAGAAUAUAGAUGCCGGUUGCAGUUUCCCGGGAUCGCCGGCGCACAGCAGCGUCGUCUUCUCGAAUGCGAAUCUCACCCAGGGCACGGUGGCCUCCUACAGCUGCGAACGCGGAUUCGAGCUUUUGGGACCGGCGCGGCGUGUCUGCGACAAGGGGCAGUGGGUGCCCGAGGGCAUUCCGUUCUGCGUUUUGAACGUCGCCGCUGGCAAAGCGCCCAUGCAGAUCUCCACCGAUGGAGCCGGAGCUCCACAGAAGGCCAUCGAUGGCUCCACAUCCGCCUUCUUCACGCCGGAGACCUGCUCGCUGACGAAGGCGGAGCGAUCGCCCUGGUGGUAUGUGAAUCUCCUGGAACCCUACAUGGUGCAACUGGUCCGCCUGGACUUUGGCAAAUCCUGCUGCGGCAAUAAGCCCGCCACAAUUGUGGUGCGAGUGGGUAACAAUCGUCCGGACUUGGGCACAAAUCCGAUCUGCAACCGCUUCACGGGCCUCCUGGAGGCCGGACAACCGCUCUUCCUGCCCUGCAAUCCCCCGAUGCCGGGAGCCUUUGUGAGUGUCCACCUGGAGAAUAGCACACCCAAUCCGCUGUCCAUUUGCGAGGCGUUCGUCUACACGGACCAGGCACUGCCCAUCGAGCGGUGUCCCACCUUCCGCGACCAGCCACCUGGUGCGUUGGCCUCGUACAACGGCAAGUGCUACAUCUUCUACAACCGCCAGCCACUGAACUUCCUGGACGCCCUGUCCUUCUGCCGAUCCCGUGGCGGUACGCUGAUCAGUGAGAGCAAUCCGGCGCUGCAGGGAUUCAUCAGUUGGGAGCUGUGGCGCCGUCACCGCAGUGACGUCAGUUCGCAGUACUGGAUGGGAGCGGUGCGCGAUGGCAGCGAUCGCAGCAGCUGGAAAUGGGUGAACGGCGACGAGCUGACCGUCUCCUUCUGGAGUCAUCCCGGCGGCGAUGAGGACUGCGCCCGAUUCGAUGGCUCCAAGGGCUGGCUGUGGAGCGAUACCAACUGCAACACGCUGCUGAACUUCAUCUGUCAGCACCAACCGAAGACCUGUGGCCGACCGGAGCAACCGCCCAACUCCACGAUGGUGGCCCUGAACGGAUUCGAGGUGGGCGCCCAGAUCAAGUACAGCUGCGAUGCCAAUCACCUGCUGGUGGGUCCUGCCACGAGGACCUGCUUGGAGACGGGUUUCUACAAUGAGUUCCCGCCAGUGUGCAAGUAUAUCGAAUGUGGUCUGCCGGCCAGCAUUGCCCAUGGUUCCUACGCCCUGCUGAACAACACGGUUGGCUACUUGAGCCUGGUGAAGUAUUCCUGCGAGGAGGGUUACGAGAUGAUAGGACGAGCACUGCUCACCUGCGACUUUGAUGAGCGCUGGAACGGACCUCCACCACGUUGUGAGAUUGUGGAGUGCGACACUCUGCCUGGCAACUACUACAGCACCAUUAUCAGUGCUCCCAAUGGCACUUACUACGGCUCCAAGGCGGAGAUCAGUUGUCCGCCAGGAUAUCGCAUGGAAGGACCUCGAGUGCUCACCUGCCUGGCCAGUGGCCAAUGGAGCAGUGCCCUGCCGCGCUGCAUCAAGCUGGAGCCAUCCACGCAGCCCACUGCCGCGCCCACCAUUCCUGUGCCCUCAUCGGUCGCCACGCCACCGCCCUUCCGCCCCAAGGUCGUCAGCUCGACCACCAGCCGCACCCCCUACCGCCCAGCAGUUUCCACGGCGAGCAGCGGCAUCGGCAUCGGCGGCAGCUCCACCAGCACAGUGGGCACGUAUCCCAGUCUCAGUCCCACGCAGGUGGAGAUCAACGGCGAAUCCGAAUCCGAGGAGGAAAUCAAUGUGCCUCCAGUGCCUGGCACCGUCCGCGAGGAGUUCCCACCACGACGCACCGUUCGUCCAGUGCUCAUACCGAAGAAGCCGAACAGCACGCCGGCUGCCCUGCCGCCCACCACCCACCAGGUGCCACCGCAGCCACCGUCCACCUACGCGCCCACACCACCGCGCAGCUCGCGACCAAGUGGUGCUCCGAACAGCGCCGGCGGCGUGGAGACCACCACGCGCAACACGCAGCAGAUCAUCGCCAACUCGCAUCCGCAGGACAACGAGAUCCCCGACAGCGUCAACAUCCAGCAGAACCAGUCGCCCAAUGUCAACGUGCCCUUCGCCGUCGACAAUCCCGACCGCAAGGAGACCAAGGAGGCCAAACUCAAUCUGGGCGCCAUCGUUGCUCUGGGCGCUUUUGGUGGCUUCGUCUUCCUGGCCGCCGUCAUCACCACGAUCGUGAUCCUUGUGCGAAGCACCCCGAACAGCCAACGGCGGCACCUAGCCAAACACUUAACCGCUUACCAACAUCAUCAUGCUCAUCAUCAACACCACCAGCAGAUGCAGCAGCAAUUCCACCACCGCAAGCAGCAGCAGCAGCAGCAGCAGGAACAGCACCACCAGCACCAGCAGAACUACCCAUACCAGCAGCAGCAGAAGUACCCCCAACAACAGGAGCAACUGCAUCAGAGCCACCGCCAAAAGAAGCAGCCAGCGCAAACGAAGAAAAACCAGGGGGGAAUCGGAAUUGGGAUCGGGAUCGGGAUACCGCGACCGAGUCGAUUGCCUAGCUAUGCCACGGCGACGGCCACCAGUGCCACCAGCUACGCAUCCACCGCCCAAUUAACCCAGAGCCACCUCAUUCCCGACGGCGGUGGCUAUGGGAGCGUGGGAUCCAGCAGUGCUGGUGGCCUGGUCCCAGCACCAUCCAUGUGGUACAGCGUACUGGCACUGCCCUUCGAUGAUCAGAAGCUGGGUCGGCGGGAGUUCAGCAGCUAUGGUCGGGGAUAUCGUGCCCGGGCUGGACUCUUUAGCAACUCCCAUAUAAACCGAACCACACAACACUAUCGCCAUCGCGCCUCGCCCGACUGCAACACUGUGGCCAGCUUCGAUAGCUCCACCUCCGGAUCCCGCAAUGGACUCAACAGGUACUACCGCCAAGCCUGGGAGAACCUGCACGAGUCCGCCUCCAAGAACAGCUCACACAACGCCCUGCGCCGCAAGGAGACACUCGAUCCACCGAGCAUGACCCGGUCCCGCGACAAUCUGCGCGACAAUAUGCAGCGAUCCCGCGAAAAUCUCGACAGAUGCGGCAGGGACAACUACGGGAUGAGGGACGACUCCGAGAUGGUGGUGUCCUCGGUGGUGUCGGAUGUGUGCCUGAAGGGUGAGAAGAAGCGCCAUCACCACCACCACCACAAGAGCAGCUCCCGCAACGGCGACUACCGCGAUCGGGAUCACUCCUCCGGCAGACGCGAGCACCACCGACACAGUGGAGGUGGCGGUGGCGGUGGAGGCGGUGGUGGCGGCCACUAUUGACCAACCAUGGUCAUCACCAUCAACGUGGAGCGGCAGUAGCCAAACGAACGAUAGUGGCCAGCAGCAGUCGGCGUAGAAAUCGGAUUCGGAUUCGGACUUGGAUUUGGAUUUGGAUUUCGAUUUGGACUCGGGUUCUUGGUUUCGGAUUUGGAUUCAGAUUCGAAAAUCACGAUCUGAGAACUGCAAAGCGAGCGCAACAACGAAACGUUUUUUGUUUAAUUUUAGCAACAGUUUUUUUUUCGCGCAUUAGUUAUGUAAGCCAGAGAUCGAGAAAAGGUUUCGACAACAGUAUGGAGAAGACUUUUCUGUUUAUAGUGAAAAAGAACGAAAUGUUAAAACAUCAGCGCAAGAGAUCCUUCAACUUGCAAGUCAAUACUUAGCUGUAUAAUCGUAUGCGACGUUUAUUUUUUGGUCUGAAACUCAGAAAUCUCCGGCGAUUUUAGAACCGUAGCCUAACGAAAUAUCUACUUGAGAACUUUUAGAAACCAAUAGCCCAAAAAUCUGUGCUCAAAAGCUUAAAUCUCUUAUUGGCAAUUUUUGCAAGAUGCUUACCAAAAUUAUGUGGUUUUUAUAGUCGCGGAGUUUCGGGGUUGGUCCCAUUUAUAAGUAUAUAAGCACUCGUGCUAAGAUUUGGCCCGAACUCGUAUAAUUUAUUCGCAAAGCUUUCGUAAGGUUCUUAGUUAAAUUUUCUCUAUGAAUUAGUUGUAUGUAAAGGCGUGAAAAAAGGGCAAAAAGGCGAGGCGUAGUAAUUAGUUGCAAGGCACCAGUCCACCCACAUCCACACACCCCCCGAAGGCCACUCCACCUCAUUCCCCUUCACCCAGCAAGCAGAUCACACAGCUGCAGCCAAAUUAUGUGCAACUUGGUUUCGUUUGAGGUUUCAAGCCAAAUCGACUUGCUCAUAGUCGCAAAUUAGUUACGUAAACACUUACACUAGAUAAAACUACCCAUCCAUUUCUCAAGAAAAAUCAACAAAACAAAAUUUAAAAACAAAUCACAAAACACCAAUCGGCAGCAGCAGCAGCAGCAGCAGCAAAUAAUAUCGUACUACGCGUGCCACACAGAACAUACUGUAUACAAAUCUGCACAGGAUCGAAAGAGUAUAUAUUAUUAGCCCCAACUCACCAAGCUACACCAUUCCAUUAUGUGUUUAUACCUACCCAUUAUAUAUCGCCC